GCUCUCAGGACGCUUCCCUCUCCGAGGUGCGCAGAGCAGGGGGACGAAGGAGCAGGGACCUCAGCAAGGGACCGAGUGACGUGAGCGCUGGGGUCCUGACAUUCACCCUGAAAAUAGCACUGCAGGCUGCGGUCACAGCAGGAGCGGGCAGAGCCAAGCAGCACAGAAAGGGCAUUGGAUUGCUUGCUGAAGUCGCAGUGUCUAAUAUUAGCCACGGGUCGUAUACUUUGGGAGCCCUUUCAAGAAGGACAGAGACCCAGGGACAGCUUUCCUGCCUGUAAUCCCCUGGAGCAGCACACUCGGUAGCAGUCCUUUGAGCUGAAACUUCAGCUCAAGCUGCUGAACUUUGGCACCAGGCGAUAAACCCCUUUCUCCGGAUACCUGAGGUUGGACAGAGACCCGAGGACAACCGAGCCGGGCUGAUGGCAGGACAAACGUGUGAGUGAGGCAGUGCGGCGGAUGCCGUCAGCACGAGAGGGUUCCUUUUGCAGAGGCCAGUAAGGACUAGAUGACAUGACUCCCGAUAUUCCCAGGAUGGCGCGCUCUCUGUAUGACUGGCUGUGGCAGCAUGAGUUCUGGCUGCCCCCGGGAAUCACCUGGCAGGAUAUGCAAGAGUCUGAAGAUGUCCAUUACCCACAGCCUCGUGAUCUCUUGCUCAGCAUCCCUUUUGCUUUAAUCUUGGUUGCCAUUCGACGUGCCUUUGAAAGAGCCAUAGCGCUGCCCCUCAGUAGCAAACUGGGCGUGAAAGACAAGCAGAGACCAAAAGCUCAGCCUAUCCCUGUCCUGGAAACAUUCUACAGUACACGCUGCAAGAACCCCGAAGAGGGUGAGCUGAUGGCUUUAGCCAAACGGUGCGACCUGCCGGUGAGGAAGGUGGAGAGGUGGUUCCGGUGCCGGAGGAACACAGACCGACCCAGCCUGCCGAAGAAGUUUUGCGAGGCCUGCUGGAGGUUUACAUUUUACAUGGUUUCUUUCUUCACUGGACUCGCUGUUCUCUACGAUAAACCUUGGCUUUGGGACCACAGAGAGUGCUGGACAGGAUAUCCACAGCAGCCUCUCCAGCCCUCCCUGUUCUGGUACUACAUGCUAGAGCUCUCGUUCUACUGGUCACUGGUCUUCACCCUGCCCUUUGAUGUGAAGAGGAAGGACUUCAAGGAGCAGAUAGUCCAUCACGCUGCAACCAUCUUCCUGAUCAGUUUUUCCUACUGCGCCAAUUACAUCCGCAUCGGGACGCUGGUGCUGGUGAUUCACGAUGCUUCCGACUGCUUCCUAGAGCCAACCAAGAUAUUCAAUUACAUGAAGUGGAAGAAAACUUGUGACAGCCUCUUUAUGAUCUUCUCAGCUGUUUUCCUCAUCAGCCGCCUGGUCAUUUUCCCCUACACAGUGCUCUAUAACACCUACUAUUACUCCAUGGAGAUAUUCCAACCCUUCUUCGGCUACUACUUCGUGAAUGCUCUCCUGAUAAUUCUGCAGCUGCUCCACGUCUUCUGGUCCUGCCUAAUUAUUCACAUGGUCUACAAGUUCAUCCUUCAGGGCACGAUGGAGAAGGACAUGCGAAGUGACACGGAAGAAAGUGACAAGGAUGAAGAAAGAGAAAAGGUGAGGGAAAAGGAGAAAAACGGGAUCACCUAUUUCAGCAACGUCACGAGCAACAAUUACGUGGAGAGGAAUGGAUCUGAGCCACGGAACAGCGGAGCCCAUCUCACCAAUGGCCACGUCAAGGAGAGAUAACCACUGCUCCUGUGCUUCUGAUCUGGUCUUUAAGGAGUCCGCCGUCUCUAGAAACAGUUCUGCUCAUUGUGUAGGUAAAAUGGAGUGCAAUUACAGUAUCAUAACUGGAUUCCUGCUUCCCGUAAACAAAAGUGUUUAUAGUCAGUGAUAUUCGAAGGAAGUUUUUGGUCUUUCUUCAAUAAAAGCUUGCUAUAGGUUGUAAGAUAGAAAGGGAUCAAUGUGUUUUGACUUGUAUUAGACUGUACCAUAGCUGUUGUUAAAUGUGUUAAUCUUAAAAAAAUACUUUUUUUGGGGGAAAAAAAAAAAAAAAAAAAGGUGGAUAAACUCUGGCAAUGUCAAGUCUUAACCACCUAACGUUAGUCAGCCUUGAUCAACCUCCGGAGGCCCUGGCCCGUUGCUGUUAAUGUUUAGGGCUAACGAGUAAAUUCGAGACUAAAUCUAAAUACGGGGACGGCUCUUUUAAGAAGACAGGUGCCCUGCACACACUCAGAGAAUUAAAACUCAGCACAGUGGAAUGAAAGACAAACGAGAAAACAUUUUCUCCCCAAAGAAAAUGCUGCUGUGUGCCAUGUGACCAGUUUUAGACUGGUGGGGAUGUCAGUCCCCUCUGCUGACAGCGUUAUUGCCACAGAGGUGGGAACUCCAAAACCCGGACUGGGGAGAGUACCCACCCAAAUCCCAGUUUUGAAAGAGCUGGAAAAUCCAAGCAGCUGUGUCUCAACUGUCAGGUAAUCCUUUAAACCCGUCUUGGAAGGAAAUGCUGUCAGGAGAAGGGAGGUGACAAGAAACGAGAUCAACUGGAAGGCAACGCUGAUUUAAGUGCUCGUGUGUUCACCUGGUGGGGCUGGCACAGUGGGAAAUGUUGACAGAGUUAGCUUGGGGCAGGAAAGGAGCACAUCUCCCCGACGCUCAGAGGAAAAGGGACCCAGAGAUCUGCUGAACUUUGCGGAAUAAUGCUUUAACGUGGCCCUUCUACCUCGGGGGCCUUCACCGAGCUGGAUCAAGAACAGCAAGUUUAAAGCAGGAGUCCAUGAAGUCAUGACGCAGUUUGGAUCCAGUUUGUGUAGCUGCCCUGUAUCUUGUACCGGGUGUAGCCCUAGGCUUCGGAUUCCAGAAUGCCUUCAAAAGAGUUAAAUCAGUAUGACGCGAAUUCCUGUUUGAUAAAUCAAUUAAUCUAUGAAACCAAAGUAUUAACAGAUUCACUGUAACGAGUGCAGGGACUUAGACUGCCGAGGCCAUGCAGACACUUCCCCAUGUGCCCAGUAAGGGCCAGUACUAACUGGGGAGGAGGGGGACACGGACCAAGGAAAUGCCUGAUUUAAGGAGGUGGGGCACAUGUUAAAAUUCAAAGGCAAUAAAAUUAAAAGACAGCGUAGAAGGACGGGAGGGUUUUCAGCAAUCCGCUCAGAUCACGAGAUGUGAACCGCGAUUGGAUCUGGGCCUGUACGUGCUCGUCUUGGGUUUCAGUCAAAAGACGUUGGAUAAUUUCAGAGGGGAAGAAGCGGUUCCAGUGCGAGUGAUUUCCUGGGCAGUGACAUGCUUUGGGAGGAGCAUCUGCUCCUGCAUCAUCAUUUAAAUUUGUGUUUGCUGGGAACGGUUUGUCUCUGGAACCUUGAAGUUCGAAGGACAUGUUCUCUAUUCUGUCACAAUCUGAGUCCAGCCUUGCCACUCCUCUGCAGGUGAUGUGUUCAGGAGGGAUGCUUCUGUAUCAUUUUGUACUGCCGAAUGUAAACGUUCUUUAUAAAUUACUUUUGAAAACUUU